AUGGCCUUUUGCGGCGUACAUAAGAAAAUUUUGGACCUGUGCGAAGUGCGAAGUGCAUACGACGAAGCCAUGAGCCGUCAAGGCAAGUUCGAGAGUUGCUAUAUCGGUCUGAAAACUCGAUUCCUAAAACUGUUGAAAAUUGUUAAAAAACGCGACGCUGCUCCCCCUGUGCCCUCCCAGCAAGAUGUCAUCCAGCAAUUAGCAGAUCAGCAAGCCGAAUUUCUUCGCAUCAUGUCUGCUAACAUGGUUUUACCAGCAACGCAUGCUGCCGUCGUACCUCAAGAUGCAUCUCGACUCCCGGACUUGAAGUUGCCCCAGGUGAAUAUUCCUACAUUUAGUGGAGACUACCUCGAGUGGCAGUCGUUCAAGGAUCUGUUUGAUAGCUUGAUCGAGCAAAAUCCAACGCUGAAAGAUAGCCAAAAAUUAUACUUUUUAAAAAUCAACCUUGCUGGUGAGGCGGCUUCUUUAAUUUCACACCUUAAAAUCGAAGACGCGAAUUAUAAACCUGCUUUAGAAAAAUUGGCAUCCCGGUAUGAUAAACCCCGUGAAAUAGCUAGCAAGCAUAUUCAAAGAUUUCUAGCGCAACCAUCGCUUUCGUUUGCCUCUGCCAGCGGCUUGCGAACACUGCAUGACGUGUCAGAUGAAGUUCUCCGAGCGCUCAGAGCCAUGGCUAGAGAGGACCGUGAUACAUGGUUGCUUUUUAUACUGAGCGAAAAGGUGGAUCCAGAUACCAAGCAGUUGUGGUGUCAGAAAAUUGCCGAAAUGAAGAAAGAAGAGAUUACCCUAUCGCGUUUUCUGAAAUUUGUUGAAGCUAGGAGCUUCGCUUUGCAAUCGUCGCAUUCUAAUAAAACUAAAGCAUUAGUAUCCGUGAAGCAACCCGCAAAAUUUCCCACUAGAGGAGCAAAUACAUUCACAAACAACCCCAUAUUUUGUGAUGUCUGCUCAGCACAGUAUCAUCAACUAUUCCAGUGCGCCAAAUUUAUUCACAUGAGUUAUCACGAACAAUUAUCUCACGUAAAUCGACUGAAAUUAUGCCGAAACUGUCUUAAAGCACAUCCCGGUAUCAGCUGCAGAGUUGGUACAUGUAGAAAAUGUAACUUCCCACAUCACACUUUGCUGCAUCCACCAGUCACUGGUCAACAAACACCAAACACGACUGGAUCUCAAUCCAAUCAGCUACAAUCCGCGCAAUCUUUUAUAUCGGCACUAGAUUCUUCCGGCGGCCACAGUUCCGCAAAGGUCCUCCUUGCUACAGUGGCUAUUAACGUCCUAGAUAAAAAAGGGCAUCCUUAUGCCUGUCGCGCUAUUUUGGAUAGCGCAUCGCAAGUCAACUUUAUCAGUGAUAGCCUCCGUAAGCAGCUUGGUAUCGACACCUCGCAUGCUAAUGUGGAUCUGGAAGGCAUCUCGGCAGCUACCGCUCACGCAGAUCGAUUUGCAGACAUCGUUAUCACAUCUCGCUGCACGAACUAUCGAACCUACGUGCCCUGCCUUGUAUUGGAGAGAAUAACAAAAUUUCUCCCAUGCAAACCAGUAAACACUCAAGAUUGGCCUAUCCCCCUCUCAAUACCCCUGGCGGAUCCACUAUUCCAUUGCCCGGGUAAAAUAGAUGUUCUUCUUGGCACUGACUUAUUCUUUCAGUUGCUUGAGCCCGGCAAAAUUGUCCUCAGUCCAGACAACAGGCUACCCAUACUACAGAUUACAAAGCUCGGAUGGGUGAUUGCCGGCCGCUAUCAUGAGUCUAAGCCGUCAUAUGACUCUCACUCUCCGACUUGUUUGCUAAUCUCCGCCAAGGAUAAUCUUUCUCCGCAUAAGCAAACAUUCUGCGAGAUAGAGGACAAACGAUCAAACGAUCAUCAUCUCACUGAUGAAGAACAACGUUGCGAGAAACAAUUUGUGGAAAAUACUAUUUGA